AUGACAUCUGGUGAGAACGAUAAUCUAGCAGCACCAAGUGUAAAUGAACCUCCGAGUCAGUCAGGCAUUGACAUUAGUAAUCCUCUAUACAUGCAUCCAUCUGAUAAUCCUGGGGCAACUUUAGUUCCUGCUCCUUUUGAUGGCUUUGUUUAUCGGUCAUGGAGAAGAGGUGUGAUGCGAGCAUUAUCUGUGAAGAAUAAAUUAGGAUUUAUUAACGGAGAGUGUAAAAGACCAGAUCUAGAUUCUCCAAAUUUUCGCUUAUGGGAAAGGUGUGAUGACAUGGUCACAUCAUGGAUUUUAAACUCUUUGACCAAAGAAAUUGCAGAUAGUGUUGAGUACGUAGUUGAUGCACUUGAAUUGUGGAGAGAACUUGAGGAUCGAUAUGACCAAACAAAUGGGACAAAAUUGUACCAAAUUCAGAGGGAGAUUAAUGAUCUGUCUCAAGGAUCACUUGACGUUACCAGUUACUAUACGAAAAUGAAAAAGCUAUGGGAGGAGCUCAAUACUUUGACUGCUAAAUCUCACUGUACCUGCAACUGUUCGUGUGAGGCUAAGGAGACAUAUGUCAGUGCAUAG